AUGGCGCUGAAGCUAGAGACGAUCAAUAUCCCCCACCUGCCAGCAUCGCUGCCAGUCCAUGUGGCGCUGUACCGCAAUGUCCAGAACUCGGCAUUGUUGCGGCAGCAGUUGCUGGCGGGCAACGCAGAGUUUGAAUAUGCGUUGAUUGAUGCGAGCUUGGUACUAUCCAGAGCCCACGCACUGGCAGCCAUCUUUCGUGCAAUGAAUGAUUACAUGAAUCAUCGUCUCAAAUCCCACAAUGUGCACUCGGAGAUUGUCUUCUCCUUCAACCCCACUAACAAUAUCGCUGAGUCCUUCCGCAAGCUCGGCAUUGCCGACUCCACCAAGGACUUGCUGGUUGUUAAAGUCUCCGUGACUCCGGAGAUAACACAUGACUCCGUUGCCGCCCAUCUGGAAAGUUCCGUCGAAGGAACAUCUGUGCCGUUCGAUGACCUGACAUUGUCUGAGAUUUCCGAUAUUAACAAGAUCAAGAAAUUAUACAAACUCGGUGCCUUACCGUCUCCAGCUACCAAGGCAGAUGCUAGCCAGCCCUACGCUGACAACGCUAGAAGACGAUUGGAGCGUUCAAUGCUGGGAGCCAUUGCUCUACGGGGAUCAUGA